ACACGGUGGCUGUGCAGCCCCCACCGCAGCGAUGCAGCCCCAGUGCCCGCCCUGGCUGCAGGUCUGCCCCCGGCCGUGCCGUCUCCUGCUCCACGCUCUGUCCUCCGGCCCCGCCGGGGCGAUGGCAGCGCUGCGGGUGCUGCAGCGGGGGCAGCCCCGCGAGGGACCGGGGCAGGCGUUCCCCUGGCAGGCUCUGAUCGAAGCGGUGUGCGCCGAGGAGCCCUCACUGGAGGAGCCAAAGGACACCCUGGCUGUCAAACCACGGCUGCUGCUGCUGCCUGUUUUGUGCCAGAGAAACCUCUUCUCCCUGCUGCUCGUGGUGCAGGAUGCAGUGCCAGGGCAAUGCCUUUACCGGCUGCUCCAGGCCUUGGAGCAAGAUUCCCAUGUGGAUCCCUGGGUGCAGACACUGGGGGAUCUGCUGCGGCAGAGACCCAGAGCAGAGGAGGGUUCCCCACUUCCCACUGUCCUGUCUUCCACAUGUCAACAGCAGCUUAGGGGCCUGUGCCAGAAAAUUGCCCAGAAGAAACCAGAGGGGCAAAGAAAAUGGAACUGGUGCUUCAGCAAGCAGCCUGGUGCCCCUGACUCUGUGCCUCAAGGUGGGAAACACAAUAAAGUGCUGGAGGAGAGCCUGGAGUUGGACAGUGAGAGAGAAGAGAAGGGGUUGUUGCUGGAGGAGGAGGUAUUUGAGCCCCUGGGCCCCCAGGAUUGUGGACAUGUGGCAGGGAUGGAAGAGGAGGUGCCCAAGGAACCUUCAGGGGACAUACCUGCUCAGAGCACAGACAAGGCUGCUCCUGACAGCUCCCAGCAGGAGGCAGCUGGGGAGCUCAGGAAGAUUUCUCAGACAGAACUGGCAGCAGAGGUGCAGACCUUUGUCCAGAUGUAUGGACAGGGGCUGAAAAUGCUGCUGCUGCAGGAGUCCAGUCACUCUGAGCUGCGUAUCCCACCCGAUCUGAGCAUCCUGAACAACUGCUCCCCCAGCCAGCUCGAGGGGCUGUGCUCUUUCCUCCAGCUCUCCACAUGCCUGGAGCCCUUCCUGGUGCGUUUCUGCAGCUGGCUGCUGGCUCUGACCCCUGACCUCAGCUACACCAGCGCAGCCAUCCUGGCAGAGCAGCUCUUCCUCAGGCGAGUCCUGUCCCUCACCCAGCCACCUUCCCGACACCUCAUGGCUGCCCUCACUUCGUUUUGCUCCAAGUAUUCCUAUCCCUUCUUCCGUGUGCUGGUGGCUGCAGUGCUGCAGGAGCCAGGGGAAGGGGCUGAGCAGACCAAGCUGAUGUGCGAGCUCGUGGAGGAGUGCCUGGAGCCACACUCUGUGCAGCUGGUGCUAAGCCAAAUCCUGGAGGUGCCUUUGUCAGAGAAGCUCCUGCCAGUGCUGCAGGCUGUGCUGGGGCGGCAGGAGGUGCUGCCCCCUGAGCUCUUGGAUUUCCUGGUCCUGACUCUGUGCCAGCAGGCCCCAGCCUUCGUCACGUCCCUGAGCUUCGCCAAGCUGGUGACAGCUGUGCUCACAGUGUACCACAACCAGGUCAGCCCAGCUCAGCGGAGCAGUCUCGCUGCUGCCCUGGAUCAGAGCAAUGCAGCACUGAAGAAAUCACUGCAGGCUGUGCUGGAAGGGGCCAGGUGACCACCAAAAGGAAUGGUGAGGUGACAGCUUCCUUGCGUGGAGGACACUCAUUGCACAGCCACCCCUCGCUGGGUUCCCCAGUGAAGUGGGACCCUGCUGGGGGGGUCUGCUCCACACAGUGUGUCCAGGGCCUCCCAGCAGCACCUGGUGUGAGGGGGCUCUUGCUGGGCAGUGCCAUCCCAGCCCCCCACACUCCCUGGGGCUCAGAGGGGUCUUGGUUGAACAAUUAAUGUGUUUCCAGAUGUUUUUGUAUCUGUACUCCAAUAAGGUGACCUGGCAGGGCUGUGGAAGACUUCCAGGUGCUGAGUUUUUACUGCCCAAAACACAUCACUGAACCAGGACAGACACUGAUUUGAGGCAGCAUAAAGUUGAUCGUUCUGGACUUAGUUCACUUUCUUGGUUUUACCUCACUCAUUCCAAGGCAUAAACUCCAUACACAUCCACAUUCCUCCCCAACAGCCAAGCUGCUUUUGGAGUGGUGCAGGCUGGGCUGCUGCUUUGUGUAUCUGAUCUGCUGGGAUUUUCAGAUCUCCGGGUGCAGGAGAGUGGGAUUUAACUGAAUUCCAGCUGAAUUUAGCUGGAAAAUGUGUGCGUUCUGCUUCAAAUCAACCUUUCUUUCCUGUUUGCCUGGCCUGUGAGGGGCCCUGCUGUGAGAGACACAUUUCUGGUGAUGGUGACACUACUCACUGCCCUUAGAGAAAGUGCUUGUAUGGCGUGACUCUGCUCAAAGUUCUAUCCUGUUGAAAGUACCCACUGGAAACUUCAUCUAGGCACCUCCUAGUCUGAGAGCUGAGAAGAAAAGGUUGGGAGAGAGUGGAAACUCAAGACAGGUAGAGCUAGGGUUUCAAUGGAGCUGUUGAAGCAUUGCAGACUUCAGGAGCUAUUUAAAAAUCCAUAAACAUCUACAAAAGGAGGAGGAGAAUUAUAACAUGCAGGUGUGAUGUGUGGCUGCUUCAGGUUUGCUCAAUAAUGUUUCGAUACCAGCCAGAGGAAGGAAACUGUGAAGCAUUAGGUGACACUCUUAAGGCUGAGGGCACAGAUUUCUUUAUAUAAGAAUCUCCUGAGCUAUUUUAGGUGACAGUGGACUGAUGAGGCUUCAAAGUCCGCAUUAGCUGGAGGAUAGAAACCUCCAGGGAGCCAGAUUGUUGAUGUGUUUGCAUUCCAGUGAGUUAGUGGCUGAGUAUAGUGAAGCUAUUGUAGGGCUGCCCAAAAUACGACAUAAAUAGAAAUUGUGCCAUGAUCAUCAAGGUCUAAGCCUGCUCUUCUGGCUUUAUUAGGUAGCAGGCUCUGAUCUUUGCCGUUUCCCUGCAGAGCUUCUACCAAGUGACCUUGGUGUCAUUGUCCCCAGUGCUCUGUCUGGCUGUGGCUGUUGGUCACAUGGAGAUGACCACUGGCUUGUGGCAAGAACCUUCUUAGCCCUGGUUUUGCUCUUGGCUGCAGCUUAUCAUGUUCUGUGGGUUCCUCUGAGGUGUUCAUGCAGAUAGCAAUGAUGUAAGGAGAACUGGAAGCAAACCCUGGGGACACGGCACAUGCCUCUUUAUACAGAGGUUGGCAGCACCUGCGCAGAAAACUUGACUUUUGAAUCCUCUUGAUCCUUUCAAGAACUUUAAAAUCCAUCCUGAACAGCGCAGAGAGGUGGAUGCAGCAUAAAACAUCAGUCAGAUUUUAUAGUUCAGCAGAACCUUGACCAAGGGUGGUGGGAGUGCCAGGAUUGGCUCUGUCCUUGCCCUGAUUUAAGAGUGGUGAUGGUGAAGGGAAUGGUUUGAAGCUUUGUCUGAGACCUCUCCUAGGCUAGGUAGAAGGCAGCAUGUGAUUUUCAGCCAGUUUGAUAUUUGGCAGUGGUUCCUUACCUGCUUCCUCUUCUGUUUGUAACGUGAAGUAAAACUCUACAGAGGGAAUUCCCUUUUUGGCCUAGUAGUUCUUGGGGGUUUUUUUUUGAAGGAGAUUCAUCAUAUGCAAUUGCAUGGGUUAUCUGUCCACUCUGCUGCUUCCACACCCUCCACAGGGAUUUUUGAGCCAGUUUCAUGACAAGAUGAUUCCUCCACUCCCCAGGUGCCUUUGUGGGGCUGUGGUCAGACAGCAGAGAACCUCUUUGGGGUGAGCAGGGGUGUGGGGUCCAUGGAUGUGAAACACCAGACAUCAAAACCAUGUAGGAGCCUUGGGCCAUGCAGCACCUUGCUGGAAAAGGCUGAAACUCAGUGGCUUUCCUGAAAAUGGCCUGUAUCCAUCCCCGAAGGGGCUGCCCCCUCCAAACACGACCUCCAGGUUGUUGCUGUGUCCACACUUGCAGCAGUGCCGGGGUCACCCCACAUCUCCCUGGAGGUAACUCUGUGUCCAGUGCCAGCCUGCUAAUCUCGUGUAAUUCCCAACGUGCUGAUGCAGUUCUGCCUGGAAAGCUGGGGGCUGUGACACCCAAGUGUGAGGCUGAACUGCUCUGUGGGAAGCUUAGCAAUAUUUAUUUUUUUCACUUGGGAUUUAAAACUGAAUAAAACGAAAGAGCAAUUU